AUGUCCAACUCACAGUCAGCUAGCGCUAGCACUCUCGGAGAGCCGAGCUCUUACCAGUCCAGCUUGCUCGAUGAUGGAACUCUCAGUUCUGCCAGCACGGCGCCGCCAAGAGAUGACCCAUCCGUCAUCGUAGGCUUGGCCUGUCGCGUGCCUGGCGCUGAUAGUCCGAGUCAGCUAUGGGACAACAUAAUUGCCCAGAAGGAUUUGCAGAAGAAGAUGCCCGAGGACCGGUUCCUUGUGGAUAACUUCUAUCACAAGGACGGUACUAACAAGGGAACUACCAAUGCGAAGUAUGGUUACUUCCUCAAUCAAAACCUGGGAGAUUUUGAUCCCGGUUUCUUCGGCAUUUCCGGCAAGGAAGCUGAGGCGAUGGAUCCCCAGCAGCGACUUCUUCUGGAAGUUGUGUAUGAGGCACUUGAGGACGCUGGUAUUUCUUUGGAAUCGAUAAACGGAAGCCAAACUUCGGUCUUCUGUGGUUCAUUCACGAACGACUACGACAAGAUGACGGUCAAGGACUUGGCUUACUACCCAAAAUACACGGUCACAGGCACCGGCAACGCGAUUCUGUCCAACCGUAUUUCGUACUUUUACAACCUCCACGGCGCCAGCGUCACUAUUGAUACGGCUUGCUCAUCCUCGCUGGUUUGCUUCCAUCUUGGCAACCAGUCUCUUGCCAACCAAGAGGCCGACAUAUCGAUAGUUGUCGGAUCGGCCCUCCAUUUCGACCCGAACAUUUUCAUUACCAUGACCGACUUGGGCAUGCUCUCCACCGAUGGACGAUGCCGCGCCUUCGACGCGGAUGGCUCCGGCUAUGUCCGUGGAGAAGGUAUCUGCGCCGCCGUCCUGAAACGUCGCAGCGAAGCCGAGAUGAACGGCGAUCGGAUCCGAGCUGUCAUUCGAGCUACCGCUGUGAACCAUGACGGUCGGAAACAAGGUAUCACGUAUCCUAACUCUGAUGCUCAAGAGGCUCUUAUCAGAGCCACAUACAAGAACGCCGGGCUCGAUCCGUGCGAUACUCAAUACUUCGAAGCUCACGGCACCGGCACCAAGGCAGGUGAUCCGCAGGAGACGCGGGCUAUUGGAGCGGUCUUCGCUCCCAACAGGGAGCAGCCCCUACAUGUCGGUUCCGUCAAAACAAACAUCGGUCAUCUCGAAGGUGCUUCCGGCCUUGCCGCGAUUAUCAAGACAACUAUGGCUCUCGAACAUGGUCAAAUCCCCCCUAACAUGCUCUUCAAGAAUCCCAAUCCCGCUAUCAAGUUCAGUGAAUGGAAACUCCAGGUUCCUGAGCAGCUUCAAGUCUGGCAACCUGGCAAGGAUGGCAUUCGUCGGGCAAGCAUAAACUCUUUCGGCUACGGAGGAACGAAUGCACACGCCGUGCUCGAGGAUUAUCAGUCGCCAGCACGCCCGUCUGUCUCUGCGCCACUUCCGGAGCGCCUGGCUAGCAUGCCAUCGUCAAGACCCUAUCUGGUUCCGUUGACCUCGCACUCUGAUAGGGCAGGCAAAUUGCUCAACGCCAGACUCAUCGAAUACCUCAACACCCAUCCGAGCGUGGAGAUCCCGGACUUUGCCCACAGUCUGAGUGUGCGCCGUUCGAUGCAUGCACAGCGCUCGUUUGCAAUCGGAAAAGACCACGAAGAGUUGGUCAGUGAUCUUGCCUCACCUCAACCCAUUGCCAAUUGGACCGGUGCAAGCAAAAGUCAGCCACGACUUGGCUUUGUUUUCACCGGACAAGGUGGCCAAUGGUUCGCUAUGGGACGGCAGCUCAUCCAGCAGUCACCUCUUUUCCGGCAGACUCUUGAGCGAUGCGACCAGGUACUUCAGAGUCUUCCAGACCGUCCGGAGUGGUCUGUCGUCGAGGAGCUUAUGCGCUCGAAAGACGACUGCCGGCUGGGGGAGACUCUGUUCUCUCAGCCCAUCUGUACCGCUUUGCAGCUGGCUAUCCUGAGCUUGCUCACCCAGUGGGGCAUUAACUGCUCUGCGUGUGUAGGUCACUCGUCGGGUGAAAUGGCUGCAGCUUAUGCCGCAGGCAUUCUCUCUUUCGAGAACGCAAUGAUCGCCGCGUAUUACAGAGGCCUGUAUAUGUCCAGUGGAUCCAAAAAUGCUUCAGCGACUCCCGGAGCGAUGAUGGCGGUUGGUCUUACGGAAGCCGAGGCCCUUGUCGAGCUUGAACCUUACAAGGGCCGCGCUUGCAUAGCCGCAGUCAACAGUCCCUCCACUAUGACCUUAUCCGGCGAUGAGGAUGCCAUUCUGGAGCUCAAGCAGACGCUUACGGCAAGAAAGGUUUUUGCGCGACAGCUUCAAGUUGCCCAAGCCUUCCACUCCCACCAUAUGAACCCGCUGGCCCCUGCGUAUCAGGAGGCUCUCAAAACGUGCUCAGGGUUCAUCACUCAGCCGCCAACAUGUCUCAUGGUUUCCAGUGUCACCGCUCGUGUCGCAGAUUCUCCGAACAUGGGCGAUAGCUACUGGGCCAGGAACAUGACAGGCGCGGUCCGAUUUUCUGAUGCUCUGACAGGAAUCCUUCUGGAUGAGGAGGACAGGCAGAACAUCGACAUUCUGGUCGAGAUUGGCCCCCAUCCCGCCCUCAAAGGGCCGGCUCGUCAGAUCGCUCAAUCUCUGAGACUGGAGAUUCCAUAUAUUGCAUCGCUGACACGAGGCAUACCCGACUUCAACGGGCUUCUUACCGCCGCAGGCCAGCUGUUCUCCCUAGGUUAUCCUGUGGAUCUGGCGGCUGUCAACCGAGACCACUUUAUCACUGAACUAGGUGUCCCGGCUGGCACUUCAGAGAGUGUGAAGUUGAACGAUAUCCCUACGUAUGCUUGGGAUCACGGCACUCGCUAUUGGGCUGAGACCAGAGCCAUCAAGGACCAUCGUCUACGGAAAUACCGUCAUUCAAUCCUCGGCGCUCCUGUACCUGGUUCCGUAGCGAGACACCCGCGCUGGCGCAACUAUCUCCGCCAAAGCGAACUUCCAUGGCUUACUGAGCAUGUCGUUGACGGCAAAGUUAUCUUCCCGGGUGCCGGUUACGUCUGUAUGGCUAUCGAAGCCAUCGUGCGUCUGAGUGAUCAAGCGACGUCCGAGAUAAAGGCUAUUGUGCUCGAAGACGUCGUUAUCAAAUCUGCGCUGACGGUCAGCGAUACUGAUGUCGGAAGUGAGAUCCUACUCGAGGUCCAACCAUCCCGGAUAUCUUCUAAGAGCCGAUCAGACGACACCUACGAAUUUGUUAUUUCGUCCUAUGAUGAGAGUGGUGAGCGGUGCACGGAGCAUUGCCACGGCCUCGUUUCGAUCGAGAAGGGAUCGCCGGCCGAAGUUAAAACACUUACAGCAUAUCCUAGUCCCGAUCAUCUAAGAAGAGCAACUACCCGAUGUGUCGGCCAUAAUUCCUUCUAUCGCCACCUUGCUAGUAUUGGACUGCAGUAUGGCGAAAACUUCCGACUGCUAUACGGAGACUUGGAAAGUGGGCCGGGAUUUUGCAUGGCUCCUUUAACUUAUCGCCCGCUCAAUGUUGGAACCAGUGAGCCUUACGAUGCUACUAUCCUACAUCCUACUGUUCUCGACUCCGUAUUCCACGUGGUAUUUACCGCCAUUGAGUCGAGACUGGGCCGCCCUCUCGAUGAACCGUUCGUGCCUACUUAUAUCCGCUGCCUCAAACUUUCCGGGUUACUGGCCAACGGCUCCCCAUUCGAGGAUCGAAAGAUGAAGGUUACUUCUUUAACUAAACUUCCAAGCGCCAGAGUCGCUUUCAAUGAUAUGCUACUUCACUCCGAGGAAGACAACAAACUAUUGAUGGAGAUCCAGGGCCUGCAGGUUACUUCACUUGGAAAGGAUGAGGAGGGGAAGUCAAAGCGCUCCCUAUACUUCCGACAGCGCUGGCAACCGUGCUUCAGUCUACUUGGAUCCAACACACAAACCCCUGCCAUCGACAGCCUGAGCAACGCCGUAGAUCUCUUCGCUCAUCAAUACCCAAACAGCAAGAUCCUUCACCUCACGUCAAGCCCAGAGAGUACUGCAGAUGUUCUUCAUACCCUCGGCGGCACCAAACACGAACGCCGCCGCUUCGGAAGCAUGGACGUAUUCAGCUUUGCGAAGCCGCUGGGUGAAGAAUUCGACCAGCUGAUAGAGACACGGCCGGGAUUGGUCAAGAUCUGCGAGCCAAAAGACGGAGAGUACGAUUUGGUGGUUCUGAGCGAGAAUGUUGAGAUUGACGUGGCUACUCUGCUGAAGGCAGAAGGACACAUCAUCUCAGAGGUUCAAGCUGUCGCCACUGAGCAGUUGGCUGAGGUCUUCACAUCAGGGAAGAUUAGCGCAUGGCAGAAGAAGGGUGAAGAGUCCGCUCCGCUCGGCGGUCUAACAGUUGUCCUUCCUGGCGGUACAUCUGAAUCUGCAAGCUCCAUCCUUGCCGGUCUCCGAUGUGGCAACAGCGGUCCCGUCUCCACGACGACAUUGCCCGCUCUCUCGAAGCAGGCCCCGCCAUUCAAGAAUAUCGUCGUGCUGUCAAACCUUGCCGAGAGCAUCGACAAUGUAGCCACGUACCAAGGCAUGCAAAACCUGCUGGCCGAAGCCGCGUUGAACGUUCUGUGGAUCACCCAGGGCGCCACCAUGGAGUCGAACAAUCCGGACGAUGCCAUGAUUAUCGGACUUGCUAGAGCUGCCCGCAGUGAGAACGACCAGUUGCGCCUUGUCACUAUGGACCUCGACAAGAACAUGCAAGGCGGUUUCGUCGCAAACCGCAUUCUGCAUGCCCUGGAUCCGCGCUUCGAGGAAGACGAACUCACCGAACGAAACGGCUGCAUCUACAUUCCCAGAGUCGAGGCCGAUGACACGCUCAAUUCGAAACUGCGCAAUGGCGUUAGCUGCGAGCCCCGGUCAGAAAAAUUCGGUGAAAAGCGUCCGCUUGCGCUUAAGAUCGGAAAGAUUGGUCUCCUUGAGACGCUGUACUUUGGAGAAGACGAGGAAAUUAUUGAUAGCGAUCUUGCCGAGGACGAGGUUGAGAUCGAAACUAAGGCUUCAGCUAUAAACUUCAGGGAUAUCGCUGCCUCUAUGGGCAUUAUCGAAGACUACAGGCUUGGAGAUGAGUGCGCCGGCUCGGUGAUCCGUGUUGGCUCCAAGGUCAAUCCACGCGAUUUUCAGAUCGGUGACCGCGUGGUUGCUUGGAGGCCCGGUCAGGGCGCCCAUCGUGCCAUCGUUCGCAAUCCUGCAUCACUAUGCGACAAGCUGCCAGCGUCAAUGUCAUACGCUGCCGCUGCCGCUCUUCCUUGCAUUCUCACCACGGCCUACUACGCACUUGUAGAGGUCGCUCGGAUACAACCAGGAGAGACCGUCCUAAUCCACGGAGCCAUGGGAGGUGUCGGACAGAUGGCGAUUCAGAUCGCUCAUCGCGCUGGUGCGCAAGUGUUUGCAACUGUGGGCUCACAGGCCAAGCGUGACGCACUCAAAACCAAAUACGGCCUGACGGACGACUGCAUCUUCUCUUCCCGAGACGAUACCUUCGUAGAUGGCGUCAUGAAGGCGACAAACGGCAAAGGCGCGGAUGUGGUCUUGAACAGCUUGGCUGGCAAGUUGCUCCACGCGGGCUGGAGUUGCGUGGCACCAUUCGGUCGCUUCAUUGAGAUCGGAAAGAGGGAUAUUCACGAGAAUACCAAUCUAGGCAUGCGCGCCUUCGCGAAGAGCGUACUAUUCGCGUGCGUCGACCUUAUCACCAUUUUCGAACUCAACAAGCCACUCGGAGCCCGGAUUUUCAAGGAGUGCUGCGAGCUGGUCCACAAGGGAGAGAUUACGCCGCCGGAGAUCAAGGAGGUCUCCUACGCUGACGUUCAGAGUGGAUUCCGACUGUUGCAGAUGGGUAAGCACACCGGCAAAGUCGUCCUUGUCCCGCACAAGGACGAUGUUGUGCCAGUGCUUCCGGCCAGCUACCGCGGCUCUCCCAUCUUCAGCUCGACGAAGGCGUACCUGCUCGUCGGUGGUCUCGGUGGCCUGGGCCGUACUUUGGCAGAAUGGAUGGUUCGAAGAGGAGCGAAGAACCUGGUGUUCCUAUCCCGAUCAGGGUCCGAUCGUCCGGAAGCUAAGACAACGGUGGAGUGGCUCGAGGCUCGAGGCGUACGAGCUACGGUGUACCGUGGAGACGUAUCAAGCUAUGCCGACGUGGAACGCUGCAUCCAGUCAGUCGGUGGCGAGCUCGCUGGUAUCUUCCAAGCUGCCAUGGUCCUGCAGGAUGCCCCGUUGAGCACAAUGACAUUUAAACAGUGGCAGACUUGCAUACAACCUAAAGUCAAAGGCACUUGGAAUCUCCACCAGGCCACUCUACAGACCUCUCUCGACUUUUUUGUCUGCUUCUCCUCCGUCUCCGGCAUUAUCGGUUCCAAGGCGCAAGCCAACUACUCGGCUGCCAACAACUACCUCGACUCGCUGAUGCGUUACCGCCGUGAGCGUGGCCUUGCUGCCACAACCAUGAAUGUGGGCGCCAUCACCGGAGUUGGAGUUGUCUCCGAGGAUCUAGCUCUACAGAAGGUCAUGGAGCGGACUGGCAUGGAUCUCGUGAACGAGGAAGAACUUCUUUAUCUGCUUGAAGAGGCGGUGAAGUCCGAUUCAUCAUUGACGGUUUCCGAGCGCGGCGUCGACAUGCACCAGAUCAUCACCGGCCUCAAUCUUUCCCGAAAGGACCUUCACUGGGCGACAAAGCCGCUCCACCGAAACCUUUAUGCCAAUCACGACUAUAGCACCGCCGCAGACGCGGCUCAAGGUGGCCAAAACCUCAUGGCCCUGCUUGAGACAGCUACUACGCUCGAAGAGAAGAUUCCGAUUUUCCUUGAAGCUUUCGUGAAAAAGAUCGCCGCUAUUCUAGCCGUCCCCGUCGACAUUAUCGAGCCGGGCAACUCACUCUCUGCUUAUGGCCUUGAUUCUAUCGUGGCCGUUGAGUUCCGCAAAUGGUUUCGGAAAGCCGUCGGCGUGGAUGUGGCCCUUUUCGACGUCCUGGGUGCGAAAUCAAUUGCCUCGUUGGUCAGCAAAGUUGCAGGCAUGAUUGCAACCGACAAGAAGAUUGCCAAGAAGGACAACGCCGAUGCCCAUGCGGCCGACCAGUCGGAGAAAACGAAGGAGAGUCAAGAAGUCGCGCAUACAUCAACUGGAGAGAUUCCGAAGGCAGACAUAUCGAAGCCAAUCCCGCUGUCAACCUUCCAAAGCCGGCUAUGGUGGACGCACAACCUUGCGGAAGACAAGUCCUUGUUGAACCUGCCUAUCACCUUCCACCUGAAGGGCGUACCAGAUGUUCCCGCUCUUCGCGAGGCGUACCGAGAGAUGAUUCAGCAGGACGCAAUCCUUCACACGGCCUACUUUGAAGGAGACGACUUUGCGGAGCAAGAAGUGCUCAACGACUUCCAGUUCGAAUUAGGCUUCAAGGAUCUGUCAGCGGAAGCUGUCCCGGAAAAGGCGCUCGAAGCCCUCGUUGCCCAUACGAAGAGUAUCGAACUUGAUAUCGAGAACGGAGAGAUUUUCAAAGCAGCGCUAGUCAAGUUGGGCCGCGAGGCUUACGCUAUCGUCAACGUGAUGCACCAUAUCUCCGUUGAUCGCGGCUCCACGAAGCCCUGGAUAGACCGUCUCGUGGUGCUCUACGAUGCGAUCCGGGAGCGUAAGGAUCUUUCUGCUGUGCCGAGACCUCAAAUCAGUUACGCGGACUUCACUGUAUGGCAUAACGCUCGCUUGGCGUCGCCUGCUUUCCAACCCGAGAUCGCUUUCUGGAAACAAGUCAUGUCAGGAGCCCCCAGCGCUUGCAAGCUUCUACCUUUUGCCAAGCGCGAUAGGCCGGCACAUGGCGACCUGGACAGGGCUAUCCACAAGACUCAACUCGGACUCGGACUUCUGAACCGCAUGAAGCGUGUUUGCGCGCAGUCAAACGCAACUCCAUUCCAUUUCCUUCUUGCGGCAUUCCGCGCGUUCUAUCACCGCUACACCGAGGACAACGAUCUCACCAUCCUUAUGGUCGAUGGCAGUCGUCCGCAUCUGGACGUUGAAGACGUCACGGGAUUCUACGUCAACAUGGUCCCCAUCCGCUGCCAAGAUGAAUGCGAUUCAAGCUUUGACCAACUGCUAGGAGCCUCGAAGAACCGCGUCCUUGAGGCUCUGUCCCACAAGGAUGUGCCUUUUGAGACGAUCGUAGAUACAAUCCAGGCGGAGAAGACGCAGUCACAUCUCCCUGUCUCGCAGAUCGCUAUCAACUACCAGGUUCACGGAGAAAUGCCAUUAUUCCAUACCAAAGACUUCGACAUUGUCAACAUCACGUCCGACGAUAUCCCAACGGCCUGCGAAAUAGCAGUGGAAGCUCUCGAAGACUCUGAUGGACUGAAUCUCCGCGUUGAAUAUUCCACCGCCCUUUACAGCCAUGCUGAUAUGGAACGCUUUACCGACAACUUCCUGACCUUCAUGAGCAGCUGUAUCAAGGACCACCGGCAGCCUAUCGAGGAGAUCAAGAUGUGUGGGCCCAAAGAACUCGCACAUCUCAAGACCAACUACUGGAACCUCGAACACACGGCCAACAAGUGGGACGACAAGUCCGUUCUAGAUCGAAUCUUCCAGCAGGCUGACACUAGUCCCCAAGCCAUUGCCCUUGAAACCUCAGACGGCGCCAGAAUCACUUACGGUGAUUUGGUAGACAAGGCGCGAAAGAUUGGAUACUCCCUGCAAGAAGCGGGCGCUGUUUCUGGAGCACGCAUCGCCGUACUUGCUCAGCCAGGCGUCGAAGCAGUUUGCGGUAUGCUCGGAGCUCUACUUGCCCGUUGCGCCUAUGUGGCUCUGGAUCCUAGCUUUGCUGUUGAGCGGCUUUCGUUUAUGGUCACCGACUCGAACGCCCGUGUCCUGUUGGCAGGUCAAGAGAUGGCACAACUAGGUGGAGAAAUUGUCCAGAAAUCCGGCAACAGCACUCGGUUGCUCAAAAUCGCAGAUUGUACUACUGCGUCCGGAAAAAUGGCUGCAGGUCAGACUCACUGCCCCCAAGAUCCCUUCUAUAUGAUCUACACUUCGGGCAGCACGGGGAAACCUAAAGGCGUCGUCCUCACACAAUCAAACACCCAGCAGAUGCUGAGUACGUUGCAGAACGACUAUCGCUUCACCCACCAGGACAAAUUUCUUCAUCAGUCUUCCAUUUGUUUCGAUCUUUCUGUUGUUCAAAUCUUUUCUGCUUUAACUGCUGGCGCUACGGUAUGCAUUGCUUCAUCAGAAACAAGAAAAGAUCCAGCAGCUCUGGCCGACUUCAUGCGCCGCACAUCCGUUUCUGUCACAUACUUUACGCCAACGCAGUUUGCCCUCUUGCUGGAACACAACAACCAAGCUCUUCAGCAAUGCAGCUCCUACAGGGUGGCAUACUUUGCCGGCGAACGUCUUCCAGUUAGAAUCGCACGCGCUUUCUACGACCUCGGUACGCCUGCUGUAUUGUACAACACGUGGAGUCCUAGCGAGCUAGUAGUGCAGACGACUAUCCACAAAACUAAUUAUCCGGACGAGAACGCCAUCAGCAUCCCGAUUGGAUUCCCAAUGGCCAAUUGCCGGCAUUACAUCGUCGACUCCCGCUUGAACCCGCUUCCAGUUGGUAUGGUUGGUGAGAUCGUCGUCGGGGGAGCGCAGGUUGGCGCUGGAUAUCUCAACAGACCUGCCAACAACGCGAACUCUUUCCUUCAUGAUCCAUUCUGUUCUGAUGCGGACCGAGAAAGAGGAUGGACCAGGAUGUUCAGGACUGGAGACAAGGGAAGGUUCCGGACUGACGCGCAGCUCGAGUUCCAUGGUCGUAUCGCAGGAGACAAGCAGAUCAAGCUUAGAGGCUUCCGCGUUGAUCUGGGCGAAGUGGAACAACGCCUAUACCGAGAGUCCUCCAUCGAGGAACAAGGACUCGUCGAUGUGUCUGUGAUCGCACGGAAUUCAGAAGAGAGUUCUAGCAUCACAGACGAUCGUCAACUUGUUGCCUUCCUAGUCACCAAAAAUCCCAUCAGUACGGCAUUGCAACACGUCUAUGCCACGGCUCUUCACGAACGAAUUGGAAAGCAUCUCAAUGUCUACAUGCUUCCCAGCGGCUACCAGUUUCUGGAAGGUUUGCCUGUCACCAUUGGCGGCAAAGUCGAUCUCCAGAACCUCCAUAAACGCAAGCUUAAUCUGAUCUAUCCUGGAACCAACCCUCAAGGAAAUUCUACCACUGCUGCUCCAGGUACGGACGCAGGUCUAGGAGCACGCGAAGGAAAAGUUAUCCAACUUAUCAAGGACGUCUUGGGUCAGGAUCGUGAGGUGGGACUAUUGGACAACUUCUUCGCCAUCGGAGGGAACAGUUUACUCCUGCUUCGACUCCAAUCUCGACUGAAGCGCGCCUUCAAGAUUGCACCGCCGCUUCCCCAACUGCUCAAAGAUCCAACUGCUGCCGGCAUUUGCGCUUACAUCGCGAAUGGAGGCAAGUCAUCUUCUUCAUCCAUAGCCGCUGACGAGAGUGCCGUGGACUGGACCAAGGAAGCUGCUCUACCAACCGUUGGGCGUUACUCGCCACAACAAGGCGCACAGCCUGUUGUGCGGGCAGAUCUGCAGUCCAUCCUGAUUACUGGAGUGGAGUCCUUUAUUGGAAUCCAUCUACUGGCCACCAUACUUGCUUCCAAAGAAAGCACAAUGACUAUUUACGUCCUCGGCUCGAGUACGCGACUUUCAGAAUCAGACCUCAUCGAGAAGCUAGAGGCUUACGAGAUACUCAAUGACUCGAACAAAAAGGCAUUAGCUUCGCGCAUUCGUUAUGUCCCCGGCGCACUGGAUCAGCCGCGUUUCGGAUUGUCCGGCUCUGAAUUCGAAACGUUGGGUCAGUCAAUCCAAGCGGUCUAUCAUCUGGGCGGGCACGUCAGUCUUCUCAAAUCUUACCGGGAUCUGAAGCAACCCAACGUCUCCGCUGUGUUCGACCUCGUUGAGCUUGCCGGACUUGGCAAACAACUGACAGAGAUUCACUAUCUCUCCACAUGGAGCGUUCCUCAUCUGCAGUCUUGGUCCGCUUCGAGGCUCUCUCGUAAAUCGAUCAGCACUUUGGAGGAAGACGCUACGCAUUUCGCACCACCAGCAACCCACGAACACGGCUAUUUCAAGACGCGGUGGGUCGCUGAGAAGGUCCUCAGCCAAGCAUCCGCACGAGGCUUUCCGGUUUCUAUCUAUAGGUCUUCUGCGGUCACCGCCAACAGCAAUUCUCAAGUGCCAGGGUCAGGCGACGGUUUCGUCGGUCAAAUGAUCCUUGGCAUGAUCGAUACAGGCCUGGUUCCGCAAGUGGGGCUUGGUGAGCCAUCAUGGGCAAUCGACUUCAUUCCCGUCGAUUACCUCUGCACGACAUUACACAGCCUCAUGACGCGCGACGAGGUCGCGACGAAAGAUCUUGCCGUUUUCCACAUCGGGAACACCCAGCCACUCAGGUUGCAAGAUCUUCCGGCCGUGAUUGGGCAAAUCCGACCGGACAAGGGAGAGGGGAGGGCGGUCCCGCUUACGGACUGGCUCGCGGCGCAGUCCGAUGGCGCAAAAGCUGAGGAGCAGUUGAGUUGGGCGGUCUUGAAGGGAUAUCUCAGUGCCGGCCACGUCAUGUUUGCGCUUGAUCGGAGCAAGACUGACGCGGCGUUGAAGCUCAUUGGAGAGAGCGCUGAUUGUCCACCUGUCGAUAGUGUUUACCUUCGGGAUUUGUGGAAGGCCCAGACUUCGGGCUAG